ACUGUUCUUUAUGUAAAUUUGGACAGUUCAUUCGAGGGUUUAGAUGACUACAAAUCUUUGCAAUUUAAGUUCGCUUUUGUUUUGCAUCUCGACGAGAUGAAACCCUCCAGAUGAUUUCAGAACUAUGUUUGAGAGUCGAAAGCCAAAGCACUGUGACUUGGCCAUCGUGAAAUGACAGAAUUUGACUUGGAAGAUGGGCCGUUAGGAACCGAAGCAACCGGCGGAUUUUCCGACAAGUACGAAGUAAAGGAGAAAUUGGGCGCAGGAAUUUCCAGUGUGGUGCGGCGAUGUUUCCACAAAGCUACUGGCAAACCAUAUGCCGUAAAAAUAAUAGAUAAGCUGAGUGAUGCAGGAGGCGUGGACAUAGAGGCAACUACAAGAGAUGAAGUCAACAUUCUGCUUGCUCUACAAGGACAUAGGAAUAUAAUUGGCUUGGUAGAUGUCUUUGAGUCCCCUGUGUUUUUCUUCCUGGUUUUUGAACUUGCAGCCAAAGGGGAAUUGUUUGAUCAUCUCACAGACCAAGUGACAUUAUCAGAAAAGAAAACCAGGCGUAUUAUGCUUGAGGUGUUUGAAGCUGUAAAGUUUAUGCAUGAUAGUGACAUUGUUCACAGAGAUUUGAAGCCUGAAAACAUCCUCCUAGAUGAAGAGUAUGCUGUGAAAAUAUCAGAUUUUGGCUUUGCCGUCAAGCUCAAAGAGGAAGAAAAGCUCCGAGAGUUGUGUGGGACACCAGGCUAUUUAUCUCCUGAAGUCCUUCAGUGUUCCAUGUUUGCUGAUGCCCCAGGUUAUGGAAAGGAAGUUGACAUGUGGGCAUGUGGAGUAAUAAUGUAUACUUUGCUGGUAGGCUGUCCUCCUUUCUGGCAUCGGCGACAAGUUGUGAUGUUGCGAUCAAUAAUGGAAGGAAGAUAUCAUUUCCAUAGCCCUGAGUGGGAUGACAUUUCAGCACCUGCCAAGAAUCUGAUUUCUAAGCUUCUAGUUAUUCAUCCUAAAGCAAGACUCACUGCAGAGCAAGCACUGGAGCAUCCCUGGUUUCAAGGAGCUCAGCAACCAAAGAAUGAAGGUUUUUCUGCAAGAUGGAAAUUUAAGGGGACUGUGAUUGCACUUAUAGCUGUCAGGGAAUUCUCCAAGUUUGCAAAGAAUAAACUUCAACCAGUGACAUUUGACUUGAUCCUUCAAGAACCUUACGGCGUGAAACCACUGCGCAAAAUGAUUGACGGCUGCGCAUUUAGAAUCUAUGGACACUGGGUCAAGCGUAACAAGGAUGAAAACCAGAAUCGUGCUGCGCUCUUUGAAAACAAACCUCACAAAGAAAGAUACAAUGGCAAUGGACCCAUGCAAAGGAAGACUGGGAACCUAGAGUCGUAUAACGCAUCCUUCCGAAUGUCAUCCUUGGGGCAAAUUCAGUACAAGUCCUUAAGAAAAAUCACUCCAAGCAACUAAAGGAGCAGUUACACAAGGCAAUUGUUUUUUGUAGUUUGUCUUGAGCAGUAGAAAUGGCUUUGUUGUGACUAAGUAGCACAGGGGUGCUAAGCUGUGUAGCCUCCUUUGCAGAUGUUCUUAUAGCUUGUCACACACUUCAUUGGGGAGGAAGAUUGUGUGACCAGCACAAAGAGCGUGCGCAUAAGAGGUCAUAGGCUGUGGGACACUAACAAGGGUUAGCUCAUGGUUAUUAGGUAAUUGUGUUUAUUUUUUCUUUGCUAUUAUGAACUCUAAAUUCCCAAUUGGUAGGGUAAUAGUCUUCUGUUGGCAAAAUCCCGGUCUCAUAACAACCAAGGAUGGGUUCUGAGUGCCAUGAAUUAGCUGAAGCUACUCUUAUACAAAUUGAGAUAAACUGGGAAACAGACUGGUGUUUCUUUAAAUUAAAAGUGCCUGUGAAAGUAAAAUCUUACAAGCCUAUGUACUGCUAGGUAGCUAUAAUGUCCUCAAUGUGCAAAGCAAGGGCACUGCCUCGUACAAACAACAGUGUCACCACAAAGUGCGAAUCAGGAACAGGUAGCACAAAAUAUUGCCUUGUGAGAAGCUCCUAACUCCUUGGUAUUAAUGAUGCUUGUAAUGUAUCAACUGGUUCCUUUUUUAAAAGAGUUUAAUGGUUGGUCAUUUUGUUCGUAUAUGUUCAUUGAUCUAUUAUUAUACCUAGCGAUGCAAACCGGCUGGUCAUGGAAACUGAGGAAUUGAUCAGUUGGGAAAAAAGGUCUCAGCAUCAAAAAUUCUAAAUUAAAAUUAACUUUACAAGAAGUAUGUGAAUAUGUGAGAGUUAUUGUUUAUAAUAGGACUAUUGUUACCAUUGCCACCAUGGUAGUUUUUGGACAUUACAAACUGCAUCUCUUUA